UUUCGUCGGCUCAUCUGUUGUAUUACGUGUCUUUUUUGUAAAGAGAUUUGUGAAGAAAGACACUUUUCCUCAGGCUGACGCCAUGCGCGCGCCAUGUAGCGGAUCUCUCAGCGCGCGCGUGUGUGAGCGACCUGUAAAUAUGUGCUUACCUGAUCGGAGGGGAGGAUAAAAAUGUCACUUAGGUUUUUCGUAAAUGCCAUUUGACCAUCUCGCUAUUGCUUUUUGCUACCUGAACUUGCUGACAAGGAAGGAGUCUUUCUUUUUCUCUCUCUGAGAUACAUUGUCUCAUUUUGAAAGCAGACGGGAGGCGUUUCUCGUGCGUUGCAGCAAAUGUCAACUUGUGCAGUGAGUAACUACAGUCAUGUGCUGGAGGGCCAGUCAGACUCAGAUGAUGAAGAUAAGCUUCACAUCGUGGAGGAGGAAGGGAGUCUCCUGGACGGGGCUGACUGUGACAGUGUGGCCCCUGACGAUGACCCUAACGGGACCGUCGACCCCGACGGCAGAUGGGACGAUGUUCUCUGCAGGAUGGAGCUUCAGUGAAGAAGAAAGUCAUUGUUUUUGGCAGAGCUCUCCAAACAUUAAACACUUCACAGAAACCCGAGCUUGGUUGCAGCAAGAGGCCCAGAUAUACGAGCCAUUACAAGUGAAAGAGGAGUGCGUGUCGGACGAGGAUGAGAGGAGCAGAGAUGCUUUGGUUGAGGAGAUGCUCCAGCAAGGAGACACGGCCGUCAUCUUCCCGGAGGCUCCAGAAGACGAACCACGACAGGGCACACCAGAAACCAGCGGACAUGAUGAAAAUGGCACACCAGACUCAUUUUCUCAGCUCCUCACCUGUCCCUACUGCUCUCGUGGCUACAAGCGUUACACCUCACUGAAAGAACACAUUAAAUACAGACACGAGAAGAGCGAGGACAACUUCAGCUGCUCUCUCUGCAGCUACACCUUUGCCUACCGAACACAGCUAGACAGACACAUGACCGCACACAAAGCUGGCCGAGAACAGCGGCAUGUUACUCAGUCAGGUGGAGGAGGGAAUCGAAAGUUUAAAUGCACUGAAUGUGGCAAAGCCUUCAAGUACAAACACCACCUGAAAGAACACCUGCGCAUCCACAGUGGAGAAAAGCCUUAUGAGUGCUCCAACUGCAAGAAGCGUUUCUCUCAUUCCGGUUCUUAUAGUUCCCACAUCAGCAGUAAGAAGUGCAUCGGCCUCAUCUCAGUAAAUGGGCGGCCGCGACCUUCUCCAGCCACCGGGGCUGCCAAGACCCCGCAGUGCUCUUCCCCAUCCCUGCCAACCUCUUCCCCCACAGCACGUGUCCAAGUCAGAGACAAACUAGACAAUAGCAAACCCCUUCAGGAACAGCUUCCCUUGACACAGAUCAAGUCUGAGCCACUGGACUAUGAGUACAAGCCUGUGGUGGUGGCUCCAAAUGCUAGAGGCGUAAAUGGCAUAUUCCAAGGUGGGGCAGCAGCCCCUCUUCAGGGUGCCGUACAGGCUGUUGUGCUCCCAACAGUGGGUCUGGUAUCCCCAAUCAGCAUCAACCUCGGGGACUUACAGAACGUGCUGAAGGUGGCAGUGGACGGGAAUGUCAUUAGGCAAGUGCUGGAAAGCACGCAAGCUAAGGGGCAGCAAGCAGGGACGGGAAUCAUUGGAGCAGGAGGGGUGGGAAUUGCCCAAGCACCCCAGCAAGUCAUACAGGCCAUUAGUCUUCCCAUCUUGGACCAGGAUGGCAGUACUAAGAUCUUCAUUAAUUACAGUCUAGACCCUUCACAGGCCCAAGCGAUCCUUCAAAGUUCAAAGAAGGAACCUUUGGGGUUGAUCACAGAAGCCUGCAAGGCUCAGAAACUGCCAGAGGACUUGACAGUCAAGACGAAUAGGGACAAAACCACCAUCACUGUGGACGAGAAGAGUAUUUUACACAAUGACACAACACUUAAGCACUGUGGUAAAGAUGGACAUAGGGUAAACGGGAAAAACCUUGAGGGGAAGAUAGACUUGGAGGAAGGACUGUGUCCUGGUCAGCCUCCCCUGAAGAACCUUCUCUCCUUGCUCAAGGCUUACUUUGCCUUAAACAACGAGCCCACCAAGGAGGAGCUGGCAAAGAUAUCCGAGUCUGUCAGUCUUCCGGCAGAGGUGGUGAAGAAGUGGUUUGAGAAGAUGCAGUUGGGACAGAUCUCUGUAGAUCCCUCCUCACCCCUGGCUGAGGAUGAGCAGACCACUCCUGGAGAUGUGGAUGGGACUAGAGGUGCAUCACCCCGACCAGAGCCAGAUAAUCAAAUGAACUCAGAGGAGCAAGGAGAGAGGGAAUGCUGUAGCCCAGCUGAGGGCGUAGCAGCUGGGGAGAAUGGGAUAGAGAGUGUCCCUACAUCCCCUUCACCACUAAACCUAUCCGCCGAUGGUCCUGUCCCAGCCAGGACUCUUGAGGAAGGCGAGGGACCUCUCGAUCUGUCGCUACCAAAAUCUGCUGCUACAGCUGCUGUGGCUAGCGGUCACGUAAACACUGUUUACUCGGCUCAAGAGGAGCCAUUGAAUUUGACUUGCACAAAGAAGGAACUGCUCAGCAAUGCAAGCACCAAUGCUGCCAUAUAUGCCAGCCAACCAAGUGCCAAUCCCAUAAACAUCGUGACCACUCAACUGCCCACCCUAGUGGCUAUCACUGACCAGGGACAAGCGCAAUGUCUUCGUGCACUUACCACCACUAAACAGACCAUCCUGAUCCCGCAGCUGACUUACAGCUACACCACUACAUCCUCCAGCCCAGCAGGGAACGACGCGCCACAGAAGAACGUUAUACACGUCAAUGGUAUCAAGGAGGAGAAACAGGAGAUGGGGUCAGAGGUCACCUCAACAUUGGAAGAACAGACAGACUCCGACUCAGGGCCGACGAGAAAGAAGAUGAAAAGGACGGAGAGUGGGCUGUACGCCUGUGACCUGUGUGACAAAAUCUUCCAGAAGAGCAGCUCAUUGCUCCGCCAUAAAUACGAACACACAGGAAAGAGGCCUCAUGAAUGUGGGAUCUGCAGCAAGGCCUUCAAACACAAGCACCACCUAAUAGAGCACCUGCGCCUGCACUCCGGAGAAAAGCCGUACCAGUGCGACAAGUGUGGCAAACGCUUCUCCCACUCUGGCUCCUACUCGCAACACAUGAACCACCGAUACUCCUACUGUAAGAAAGAGGCUCAAGGCCAAGGGCUAGGCCAGGGAGUCGAGGAAGAGGACAAUCCUGGUGAGGAGCAGCCUCAGACGGGCAGCACAGCGACCUCGCCCCCCUCCCACCUGGACUCGGAUGAGCGGGGGAGUAGUACCAGAGAGGAUGAGAGCGAGGAGGAUGAGGAGAUGGGCUCGGGGAGCUUAGUGGAUGAGGAUGAGAUUCAGGUGGUCAAGAUCGGAGAGGAGGGAGAUGAAGAUGACCAGGGUGCAGAUGAAGACCAGGAAGGGGAGGGAGAGAGGAUGGAAGGGGCCGAACAAGAAGAAGAUGGUGACGAGGAAGGUGAGAGUGAGGAAAAUGACGGACAAACGCUGAAAGUCGUAGUGAUGCAGGAUGAAUGUGAAGACGGAAACGGAGAGGACGAACGAACAGCGGAGGAGGCCACGGACACAGGAACUCUUGAACACAUGAAGGACGUAACAGAAAAAGAGAACCCGGCGGACGAUAAGAAAAAGAUUGAAAAUGAAGAAAACACAGCCGAUAUGAAUGGAGACGUGAAGUGAAGCCACAACUGUGUUUUUAUGGCCCUUAUUCCUUACAAAAUUGUUUUACAAAGUUACUAAUUUUAAGGAACAAAAAGACGUUUUCUCUCUGCAGAUGUUUCUCUCUCUUCCUGAGAAAGUGACUGUGUUAAGACGAGAAUGAAGUGAGGAAGAGAGCGAGACUGCUCUUACGCUGCAUUUAAACCCACUACUGUGUAUAAACCCCCAGGUGUGCCUGAUAAAUACGAAAUAGUUACUUUUUCCACAUAAAGACGAUUUUCAGUGUUUGAGUAUGGUUUGUAUAAAUGCAAAGUUUAACGAAAAAACAAAAACAAAAAAGAAAAUGACGCAUAUACGGACUGAAGCUAUACACGUUUUGGCUAAUAAUGUUUUAUUACUAAAACGCCUUGGGUCAAUUUCUUUUAUCAGUAUUACUAAUUUUUUGUCACUCUCGGUUUACCCUCAAAAGCUGUACAGUUGGGAGAGAGAGAUUUCUAUACGUUUUUAUUGCCAAUGAACAAAACUCAGUAUUUUCUUGCAUUUGAAGGAAAAAAAGUAUCCUGUGCACUACCAUAUUCCCAGUUUACCUAUGGAACACCUAUGUGGGCCUUGUGUUGUUUAAUGUCUACCUUCCAGUAUUAGUGCCCCUAAGCCACGCUAGUGCUCGCUAGCACAACAUUUGUCUGUCGUCUCAUUUCAAGAAGGACUGUGAGCCUUAAAUGUCAAAAGAUUGAUGUGGUUACGGUGGGAGGGCUUUAAUGAAUCCCAAAAAGCCAAGGCAUCAAAACCUUAGUAACCCCGGACAGCUGGUUUUAGACGUAGUCUUCAUCAUGUUUCAGGUGAUCGCCAUCAGACCCUUCCCCACCCAUCGUCCACCCUUAUGCAAAAACAUGCAUGUUGGAAGUGCCAUUGAACAGUGCUGUGCCGUUGCUGAGCAGCACACUCCCGUGGGGCUCGUGCUGUCUUUGAUUUUGGUAGCAACAUUUUGGACCCCUGCACCUAAACCACUAGUCCUGACUAAUGGACAAGACUGCCUCUUUUUUUUAUUUUUUAUUUGAUCAAUCCAGUAAGGACUACACUGCAUCAAGAAUUCAGGAAAGACGAUCAAUGAACAAAAAGGAGAAAAAAGCAGCUCUUUUUUCAGCCUUGAAGUAUUUUUCCCCUGUUUGGUGCACUUGUUUCUCUUGUUAUCUUUAGCUGCACGACACUUUUUCUUCAGGUAACAAAUGUAGGCAGAUAUGAUCAAUGAAGAAUUCACUUUUAGUGUUUUUUGUUUCUUUUCGGUCAGCCUUUUUACCUGUCAGUAUUAAUUUUUGUCUUGUUUGUAAUGAAGUUUAUUUGUUGUUUGUUUCAGUGAACAUUGUGUAGUUUUUUUGUUUUGUUUUUCAGUAAAGGCAGUAUUACCCCUCCCAUCCCUCACCAUGUAUAACUUUACAUUUUUAGUUUUAGAGACCUUUUAUAUUUAUGUGUCUUAUUUUUGUAUUUUCUUUAUGGUUAUUUAUUACACAAUGUAGUGUACAAUACUGUAGUUUGUAUUAAUACAAUAAUAUAUUUUAGUAUGAAGAAUAAUUUCGAAGAUAAAUGAAAUCAAAGCUGGGGAAGGAACUCUAGCAUUUCAAAGUGUUUUAAAACAGAAAAAGUAUUAUUUUCAAAUUUUCAAAAUGCAUUGUUUGAAAAAAAACAAAAACACCCCUAAAGUAUGAGAGAACUGUUAGCUUUUACACGUCACUUUCAUGUUAUUGUCUCUUACCCCACUAUACUUUGAAGCUACUGAAAACUAAUUGUAUGCUAUACACGCAUGAGUCCUUGCUGUUGUAUCGAAAGAUUGUCCUUCGCCAUGAAACUGUGCUGCCCUUUUAAUGAAGCCAAAACAUCAUCAAUGUGUUGUUUUUUUAUUAUUAUUUUUGGUUGUGCCAAUUUGUAACUCUCUUUGUCUGCAUCAAGGCAACAAAGUCUUUUAUAUGUCCCUGUUUUAACCUUUUUAGUGAUAGCAAUUUUGUUUGAUCGUUUGUUUUAUUUUGUUUUUUUAAUGACUCCCCAUCUCACAAUAAAAUACUUCAAGAAUUCA